UAUAUACUUAAAAGUAUUUGAUUGAUUGUUCAUCAUAUUUGUACUUCUACCAUAUCCUAAUACUAUUAGCCUCAAGCCCAUAAAAAUGGCUCAUUUGGCUGAAGAAAUUGUAAACCUAGAUUCUGAUCAGCAACUUGAAGCUCAAGCUCAUAUAUGGAACCAUAUUUUCAACUUCAUAAAUUCCAUGUCCUUAAAAUGUGCAAUUCAAUUAGGAAUACCAGACGCCAUUAACAAGCAUGGCAAGCUCAUGACUCUUUCUGACCUAAUCAAUGCCCUAUCUAUACACCCAACCAAGCGCAUUGCAUUCCUCCCAACCAAAGCGCAUUGCAUUCCUCGCCUGAUGCGCAUUUUAGUCCAUUCUGGUUUUUUUGCUGUAGCAAAAAUAGAAGAAAAUGGCUGAGAAAUAGAAGGGUAUGUUCUUACUAAUGCAUCGAAGCUUCUUGUUAAAAAUCCAUCGAGUGUGACACCGUUCUUGCUAGCCAUGCUUGAUCCUGUUUUAACAGGACCAUGGCAUUAUUUAAGCACUUGGUUCUAGAAAGAUGAUACAACCCCAUUUCAUAUAUUUCACGGAAACGAAUUAUGGGAAUCUGCUGGUCAACAUCCUAAGCUCAACAAUUUUUUUAAUGAAGCUAUGGCAAGUGAUGCUAGGUUGUAUGAGUAUUAUGUUAUGAGUAUUAUGAUAAAAGAAUGCAAAGGAGUGUUUGAUGGAUUGAAGUCAUUGGUUGAUGUUGGAGGUGGAACAGGAACUGUGGCUAAAAUUUUAGCUAAUGCAUUUCCUCACUUGGAUUGCUUUGUCUUCGAUCUCCCUCAUGUCGUUGCUGGUCUUCAAGAUGUGAGUGAGAACUUGAAAUUCGUUGGUGGUAACAUGUUCGAGGAGAUUCCCCCUGCAGCUGAUGCAAUUUUACUGAAGGCAUGUACUGAAAUUUAUGCUCUCUCUUUUCUUAUCUUUUCCUUAAUUUUACUGGUAUUAGAUGAAGAAUUUCUCUUGCUUUUGAAUAAAUGUAAAGAAGGAAUAAUGACCUCCAUUGGAAAAACUCAGCUUUUCUUUGACAUGUUGAUGAUGGUGUUGGUUAGUGGUAAAGAAAGAAACAAAAAAGAAUGGGCUAAACUCUUUUUUGAUGCUGGUUUUAGUGACUAUAAGAUAACCCCUGUGUUGGGUUUAAGGUGUGUAAUUGAAGUUUAUCUUUAAUUAAUUUUAUAAAUGUCAUUAUUUGAACAUCUAAUUAAACACAAAUGGAUUGUUUUAUUGAGCACAAUAUAUAAUAAUUUAAUUAUGCAGACGUAAA